UAAUUUUUUUUUGUUGUUUCUGAAACGUUAAAUAAAGAGUUUAAUAUUUUAUGUAUUAAUCAAUCGACUUGCCAGCAUGAUUUGCCGCUUGUGCCUGAACAGUGUCAACGAUGCGGACACGCUGCAGAUCUUCGAGGGCCUAGGACUUUCCCUGAAUGUGGCGACGGUGCUUUCCAAACAUUUUUGGUUUGAGCCCAAAAGCGAUGAUCCCAUAUCCAAGGUGAUCUGUGUGAGAUGCUGGCAGCAGGUGAGCGAUUUCCAUGAAUUCUAUGCGGCGGUGGAGAAGGCUCAUCGCUUGCUCACGGAACGCUUUUCGCUUAAAACCAGCCAAGAGCAAGCGAAAGUCGAGGUGGAAGAGCAGCAAGAGGAGGAGGAGGAGGAGGAGCUGCUGGAGUUCCACGAGCAGGCGGAGGAUGUAGAGCUAGCGGACAGCGAUUGCGAAAGCGGUUCCUUCAGUAACGAGCAGUUCCUCAGCGAGGUCAUAGCCCAGCAAGAGAAUUCCAAAGGCUUUAAGCCCUUGGAAGAGGAGCUCGCCAUAGAAUCAAAAGAUUUAGAACCCAAGGAGGCAGAGGAAGAGGCGCCUGUACCAGCCGUUGUCCAAGAAGAACGGCGGGAAACCCGCUCAACAACCAAGAGUAAAUCCCUGACGACAGCUGAACAGCCACAGCCGCAGCCUCCGCCCAAAACAACCAAGCCAAGCGCCAAACCUCGAGCUAAGAGAACCAGCGCCUGCAAGACCACCGCUAGCAAGCGCUAUGCCAACUACAAGCAAUGCAUGCUGGACAUCGAUGCCAAGAUCUCGGCCCACAUGCGUCUCACCUGCGACGUGUGUCACGAGGGUCAGGAGACCUUCCUGCUCCUGUGCAAGCACAUGAUGCAGGCCCAUCACCGCAAGGGCUAUGCCAUUUGCUGCAACAAGAAGUUCUACAAGCGAUCCUUUCUCACCGAUCACAUUGAUCGCCAUGCCGAUCCCGAGAAGUUCAAAUGCACGCAGUGCGAUAAACGCUUUGCGGACAAGCAGUGCCUACGGAAUCACGAGCUCCUCAAGCAUCAGCCGGAGGAGGAAAAGACCUUCAUGUGCGAGCAGUGCCCCAAGAGAUACACGAAGCAAUAUCUGCUGGAUCAGCAUCGAGUUAUACACAAGGAAAGGAAUGUGGUGUGCGAUAUUUGCGAGAGAAGAUUCCCCAACCAAUCCCUGCUCUGUACGCAUGUCAAAAUGGUCCACGGUAACUAUGGCACCAUGUGCGACAUCUGUGCCCAGGUGAUACGCGGCAGGGCGGCCUUCCAGCGCCAUCAGUUGGAGCACGCGGGGGUGACAGAGCCCAAAGUGCAGUGCGAUAUUUGUGGAUCGUGGCACAAGAAUAAGCACAGUCUGAAGAAGCACGUCCGGCGGCACAAUGGUACUGCCGCCACCUGUGAUCUUUGCGGCAAGGUCUCGCCGAAUAGGAGUGCCAUGUUGAGCCAUCAGCGCUAUGUCCAUCUGACGGAUAGGAAGCACGAGUGUAGUGUGUGUCAAAAAGCCUUCAAGAAGGCCAUUACCCUGAAGGAGCACAUGACAAUGCAUACGGGCGAGGUGCUCUACAGGUGUCCCCACUGUCCCAAGACCUUUAAUUCGAAUGCGAACCAGCAUACGCAUCGCAGAAAGUGCCAUCCUAAGGAGUUUGAGGAGGCCCGGAAGGCACGUAGCGAAAAACGAAAGGCCAUUGAGGAGGAGGGCGAGGCCACCACCCAUAUACUGACCAUAUCAACGGAUGGCGAUGAGGGAUCUCACAGGAUUUUGCUAACCAACAGCGAUGAGGAUCUCAAGGCGGAGACCAUCGAGUUCACUUUGUGUCUUAGUCCCCAAGCAGCAGACUGAAAGUCGAAUAACAAUCGUAUUUAAAGCUCUGUGGUGAGAAAGAAACCGAUUUUAAAUAAUUUAAAGUCGUGCACAGAGCCCUUUUAUUUAUAAGAUCCUUAGGCUAGCAGCGAUUAACAGAAAUAGACGGAGAUUUUUAAGUGUUA